UGAACUGGCUACACUGACAUUUUUGACAAUAAAUAAAUUGUUGAAUUAAGGAAAUCAAAGCGAGAAAUACGAUUUUCCGGAGCCAGUAAGCAGCUAACUUUAAAAAGCCCGUUUUUGACCCGCUUCUAAGCAGAACAAUGGUUUGCGUGCCCUGUUUCAUCAUUCCACUGCUUCUGUACAUUUGGCACAAAUUUGUGCAGCCGAUAAUCCUGCGCUACUGGAAUCCAUGGGAGAAGAAGGACGCCCAGGGCAAUGUGAUCAAGAAGGGCCCCGACUUCCCCUUCGAGUGCAAGGGCGGCGUUUGCCCCUUCGUUCCGGGGGCCAAGAAACCGGAGAAGGCCAUUCCUGCCGAGGAAUCCCAAAAUCCGCCAUCGAGUGCAACAGCAGCACUGGCAGCGGAAACGGAAGUGGACGAGUCCAAGAAGGAGAUCUAGUCGAAAUGUUCCAAAUAUUAAUAGUCCAUUUUUUUUUUGACAUAAGAACACAACGCGCACAACACAAAAACACUAAUCCAAAAUAGUUAACAUUAAAUACAUGUUCACAUUGACACACGAAAAAA